AUGGAUAACCUGCGAGCUGUGAGAUCUAAACUGCUUACCAGCCUAGCUUCGACUGGUCUAAUUCGACAUCCUGGGAAUGGAGAGGAUAUUGAGCUUUGUCCCAAGGACCAAAUUGUUACUCGCAAAUAUACGAAUGAUCUGACGUCACCUGAUGAUACCCCGGAUGCUGAGACACCGAGCGGCUCUGCUUCUCACACCCUAUCUAAUGGAAGUGUGCUAGGAGAGAGCACGGAAUCAGAUCAUCCUCGUCAAAUAGACGAAGAUUCGGAGACGGGCAAGAGCAGCGCCUUGCAGGCUUGCUGGAAUGUGAGUAACUGUAUGCAAGGUAUCGGCAUCCUCAGCCUGCCAUACACAGUCAAGGAAGGGGGCGUGGCAGCUCUGGUCGCCAUUGUAGUUGUACUCAUCCUCGGUAACUAUACCAGCAAGAUCUUAGUUUACUGUAAAUAUGACGACGAUGAUGAUGAUGAUGAUGAUGACAACGAAUCACCGAUAAUCGACACAAAUAGAAAAGCUGCGCUUGCAUCUGAUCGUCCGACGAUUGUUCGAGAGACAUACGCCGACAUCGCUGAUGCUUGCUUCAAACACGGUGGUCAUGUGAUCAAUGUCGUACAGAUCAUUGAUAUGGUGGCAGUGGCAGCGCUGUACCUUCAGAUGUCAGGUGCUCUACUAGUAGAUACCUUCCCGCAAGCUGGUUUAAACCGGUUUACCUGGACAGCUAUAACAGUCGUUGUGCUCCUUCCGACUGUACUCUUCAAAAACCUCACGAAGAUAUCGUGGCUGAGCCUUGUGGCUUUGAUCGCACUUGCCGUGAUGUACUGUAGCGUGGUGUGGUACAGCUUCGGUCGUAGCAUCCGAUGGAAGAUGGAGAGCAUCCCGUUGUUUUCGAUCGAACCCGUCGCCAUCAGCGUCGCCAUGAUUGCUCUCAAUUUCGGAGCACAGUUCUUGAUGCCAGGAGUGGAAGGCAGUAUGCGGAAACCUUCACGCUUUAACAUGAUGCUCGACUACUCCUACAUCGCCACAGGGUUCAUCAACGUCGCUUACGCCCUCUUCGCAUUCUUGACCUUCGAGGAAGACACACAGGAAUUUAUCACCUACAACAUGCCUCGAGGACCGCUCCAAGCUGCAGUUAGUUGUCUCUUCGUCAUCAAGUCCAUCCUGACCUACCCGCUGAUGAUUUUCCUCAUCGUGAGUAGCAUCGACUCUAUGAAACUGUCGAUCUUACCGCGUUGCUACCCAGAUAUUGAUGAACGCUGUCCACCUAUUUGGGCCAUCAUUUUCAGGGUUCUCUUAGUAGGUCUGUCCUUCCUGAUGGCUGUAGCCAUUCCUCAUUUCUCUCUGCUAAUGGGUGUCUCUGGAAGUCUUACCGCCCCAUGGCUCGACUAUAUCUUCCCAUCUGUCCGAGGAGAUCAGCCCAAUGACUGGCGAAAGCUCUGCUUCCGACUAGGCAUCGAUGAACCGACUGUAGCCCGAGCCGAGCGGGAGAAUCAGACCAAUCUUGCUGAAGGAAUCCACAAGACACUGGUACAAUGGAGGAAAGGACAGCUGGAGAACGAGGAGAGGGCGGUGUUGCUGGAAGCCCUUAUCUCUUGUGGACUGCGACGCCUUGAAGAUAGACUUACAAGAGAUGAAAAUGACAAUGCCAGCCCUCUAUCGGUGCAAAUUGUGAGGCUAUCAGGUUCAGAUGAUCUCAAGCGUAUUACCGAGUUCCUUCUUUUCUUCUAUUAA